UCUCACACACACACACACACAUACACACUGCACUGGUACGAUAAAUGAUAACAAUAUACUAUCAUGGUAAACUACUGUCCAAUCUGUGGGAAGCCUGUCUACUUUGGUGAAAAGAAGCGGUCGUUAGGGCGGGACUACCACCCCUUGUGUCUGAAGUGUCAGAUGUGCAACAGACAGCUCACAGCUGGACAACAUGCUGAGUACGAUGAGAAGCCAUAUUGUUCCAACUGCUACCUGAGGAUGUUUGGUCCAAGAGGUAACAGGUGACUCGUGUCACCACGGCACAGUGUGGUCCUGUCACAGAAACCAGACUAAACCAAACCGGACAAAUGCUGACACACAAAAGACACAGACCCAGUUUACAGUGAAAUGAACCAUAAAAAGAACAGUUAAUAAGAAUGGUAAACACAAACCUAAUAGGGACAACAAUAUGUAUUUCGUCCAGUCCAUUAUCAUUGUUUUUGGCCAAAAAGAUAAGCUUGUCAUGAUGUCUUGAUUCCAUUUGUAUGUGUUUGUUCCCCUUUACACUGUAAAUAAAUGUUGCUUGUGCAGUAAGAUGUCAGUCUGUAUUAGUAAAUGCAGUGUGAACGCUCA